UUGGUCCAAAUCUGUGAGCAUACGUUGGGAGAUCUCCAUUUUUAGUACGGCAACGAGCACUUGAGUUAUAAUUUUUACGCGUUUCCCGUACAUUUUUAUUACAGGUGGCAUAUCGAUCGGUUUGACAAAUGAUAAUGUGAUACAGAUAACUUACGAUUUAUCCAGCAAAUGCCGUCUUCCCUUUACUGAUAUUUUUUAUGACUUUGAUAUUUGAUUACAUUGGACAGAUAUUUAGACUGUGUAUGUAUCCGUUUGCUUUUCUUGUAGUUCAACUUUAUCAAACUACCCCAUUGACCAGUUGGUUCUCAUCACGUUUUUAACUGGUCCUAUUUGUGCUGGAUUCGUCCAGGACCAAGGGCACCGGUAAAAGACGUGCUUAGUUUGUACGUAUGACACGAGCUUCGCCCGGUACCAGGGGCUCGAUCUUAGGACGUACGGAGGUGGUCACAACCAUACCACCUCGAGAUGGGGUUGUAUGGUUGUUUGAAUUUAGACGUGUUAAAGACGGCCGAGGGACGAAGUCCGAUGAAACUAGUGCGCCACAUUUAAAUAUUUGGCAGCAUGGAUGUUUUUGCUUCUAGUUUUACUUCCAGUCAGCAGCUAGCGGUCGGACAGAGGACAUUUACAGAAAUUCGACGAAAAAAAUUACCAGACGUGCUACUAAAAAUUUUUAAAAUUCGCGAGUAUUACUAAACUCUCAGUAAACCAGACGCCAAAACUUGGAAAAUCCUUGAGACUGAAAUAGUUAAACGAUACGGAAAAUACGAAGAUGCUCGCCUAAAUCUUCCACUUCUUGCACAAGGAGGAGGGAUUAGUAGUGGCGCAGAACUGGGGGUCGACUACGUAAGACUGUCAACAGAAAACUUUUUAACGCUGACUCAAGUGGCGAUGACGAGAAUGAUAGUCCGUUAAAGAAGAGCUACAUGACGAGCCCCGAUGAGUUCUUUGUCCCAGGUACGAAGCCAAAAUAUUGAUCAAGGGUCAUUUAAUGGAACAAUUGCACUUACUCCAAAAACCCAUGAUAUAAUUCGUAAACUGGAUUACCUUCAAGCGACCAUUAACGAGCUUCGAGAAACUUUACAUCUGACUUUGCGUAAUCAAAAUAGGACGAUUAUCGAAGACCUUGAUGACGACGAAAAGGUUAUUCCAUUAAACAACUUGACGGAGUAUGACGAAUUGGAACGAAAAAGAGUUGACCCUAAAAUUCGACAAGCAUUGAUAGCGAGAUUGUUAGGCUCAUGCAGUAGAGGCACAGAUGCUAUUUACCGCGUGCUUACACUUUUGAUGACGGACGAUUUUGCAGCAACACAAAGUUUGGCGGGUCAACGCGGAAAAAAAUCUUUUAAAGAUCGUGAAAAGAUCAAAAGCUGUGUUUAUUCUGCCGUCCGGACAAAUUCACUAAUGUCAUCAGCUACGCAUAAAGACAUCGACGAAAGCAUCCAGAACUGGCUGAACAAAGCUCCUGCCAGGAUCAACUGAUCAACGCAAGAAAGAAAAAGAUGCAGCUUGGAUGGAAUUGCAGAGCACGUUUCGUCAUAAAUUAAUUGCUACUUAUAUUUUAAUUUGUAUUAAAGCUACGAAUAUAAAUAUAAAUAAAUUGAGUAAAAAAUA